AUGAAUCGAAAAGUGAAGUUGUGCGUCAUCGAGGCCGCCAGCAAUGCACUCUUCGGUGACAUCUUCUCUAAAGUGACAAUGUUUGUGGGAGCCCAGGUUCAAAACCGAGCACCUUUCCUGUAUUCCAAGACACAUUGGGAAUACAUCUUCACUCUGUACGCACUACUUUCGCGACAAAUCUUCACCUCAGAAGGGAUGUACAACUCGCCGCCCAUGAUCGGCUUGAAUUGCGGGUUCGUCAUUACAAGCAGGACAUCGACGUUUCAAGUCGAGACUCAAGAUUACGACGACGGUCACGACAUCCAAUGGUCCGGACAGUUCAACGAGCUGAGAUGGCUGCCAGAGAAGCGCUACUCACGGACUGACCAACCCAAUUUCAACGAAGGGUUUCUCACCGCCAGCUUCAAAUUCAGUGCCCAGAACGACGUAGACGUGCGGUGCUGCCUAGUGCGGAACGGAAGAAGCUGGUCUGUGCAGUUGGCUACAAACCCUUGUCUGAGAUUGGUUGGAAGGACUACACCAGCCAUGACAUCGGCAAACUGGAACCACAAAACCUUCGCAUUUAGGACUUGA